AUGGGUUCAGAUAUAUACUAUAUGUCAUUUUAUAUUGCCAAUGAAAAGAGUCAGCUUCUUGAAGGAAAGGUUGAUUGGAGAGGAAGAAUAGCUACUAAGGAUAAACAUGGAGGACAAGGUCCUUCCUCACUCAUUUUAGGUACAUUUGCUUGUGAGAACCUGGCAUCAUUUGUGAUAGGAGUAACCUUGGUGACUUAUUUCAAUGGAGUGAUGCAUUAUGAUGUAGCUGAUGCAGCAACUCAAGUUACAAAUUAUUCAGGAACCAGUUAUAUUCUAACUGUCCUUGUGGCCAUCCUAGCAGACACUUAUAUUGGCAGAUUCAAAGCUGUUCUUAUUUCAUGUUGGAUUGAGUUCUUGGGACUAGGACUGCUAGCAUUUCAAGCACACUUUCCCAAAUACAAGCCACCACUUUGCAACAUUCUUGAUCCAACUUCAACAUGUGAGAAAGUUGAUGGAAAAAAUGCAGCUUUUCUCUUUAUUGCUCUCUAUUUAGUAGCACUUGGCUCAGCCGGAGUUAAAGCAGCAUUGCCUUCACAUGGUGCUGAUCAAUUUGAUGAAAAUGAUAAGAAAGAAGCAAUUCAAAUGUCAAGUUUCUUCAAUUGGUUAUUAUUAGCAAUAUGCAUUGGUGGUUCAAUUAGUACAACAUUUAUUGUGUGGAUUCAAGAACAUAAAGGAUGGGAUUGGGGAUUUUUUGUGAGCACAUUGGCUAUGUUGUUUGGUGCAAUAAUACUUUGUGUUGGAUUACCAUGGUAUAGGAUAUUUGUUAUUAAGGGAAGCAGUGCCAUCACAGAGAUUUUCCAGGUGUAUGUUGCAGCCAUAAGAAACAGAAACCUUCAACUUCCUGAGGACUCUGCCGAUCUCUAUGAGAUCGACGAAGACAAGGAAGCUGCAAUUCCAGCAGAAUUUCUAGUUCACACUGAUACAUACAAGUUCUUGGACAAAGCAGCUAUUAUUCAGACAUCACAACAACAACAAUCUUCAAAACCAAUUGAUCAAUGGAGGCUUUGCAGAGUCACACAAGUAGAAAAUGCAAAAAUCCUACUAAGCAUGAUACCAGUCUUUUGUUGUACAAUUAUUAUGACACUUUGCCUAGCUCAACUUCAGACAUUUUCAAUCCAACAAGGCUUCACCAUGGACACAAGGAUCACAAAUUACUUUCACAUACCACCUGCAUCACUACCAAUCAUCCCCAUUGUGUUCUUGAUCAUCCUCAUCCCCGUCUACGAUCAAAUCGUCGUUCCAAUCUUGCGCAAGUUUACAGGCAUUCCUACAGGCAUAACGUACUUACAACGAGUCGGAAUUGGUUUAGUCCUCUCCGCUUUAUCUAUGACAGUAGCAUCCAUCUUAGAAGUCAAGCGCAAACAGGUAGCGCGAGACAACAACAUGCUCGACGCAAUCCCGGUCUUGCAGCCAUUGCCUAUUAGUGUGUUCUGGCUUUCAAUUCAAUUCUUCAUCUUUGGAAUUGCAGACAUGUUCACUUAUGUGGGACUUCUUGAAUUCUUUUACUCACAAGCACCAAAGGAAUUGAAAUCAGUGUCAUCUUGUUUCCUUUGGACUUCAAUGUCAAUAGGGUACUUCUUGAGUUCAAUUAUUGUCAAGGUUGUGAACAAGGCAACUAAAAAAGUUACAAAUAGUGGAGGUUGGCUGGCUGGGAAUAAUUUUAAUAGGAAUCAUUUGAAUCUAUUCUACUUGUUGUUGGCUGUGUUAUGCGUGUUGAAUUUUGGAAUUUAUUUGAUUGUUGCUAGUAAGUAUAAGUACAGGGUACAGAAAAGUGCUAGUGAUCAAGAUGAUAGUAGAGUACAUGCUUUAAAGGAUCAGAUGGAGGAGUCACAAAUGGAAAAUUGA